GCCCAAUAAAAAUGGACCAGGGCUGACACCUGGUUAUAAACACAGGAAGGAUUCCAAAGUAGUAAUCGCAAAUCGGCAGAAAAAAACCCAACCGGCAUCUUCAAGAAACGCAAUGACCUCCAGUAAAGUUGAACUGCCAGGAGAGGUGAAGAACGACCCGGCUGCGCUCAUGGCAUCUCUUCAUCUGGUGCCCUCACCGGUACCCAAUCCUGAAAUCAAGUACACUAAGAUUUUUAUUAAUAACGAAUGGCAUGAUUCUGUGAGCGGUAAGGUCUUCAGCACAUACAACCCGGCUACAGGGGAGAAGAUCUGCGAUGUCCAGGAAGCAGAUAAGGCUGAUGUGGACAAAGCCGUGCAGGCUGCACGUUCGGCCUUCUCUCUGGGUUCAGUAUGGAGGAAGAUGGAUGCAUCUGAACGUGGGAAGCUGUUGUUCAAGCUAGCUGACCUGGUGGAAAGAGACAGAGCCUACCUUGCUACCCUGGAGUCUCUGGACACUGGGAAACCUUUCCUCUCCUCCUUCUUUGUGGACCUUCAGGGAACCAUUAAAACUUUUCGAUAUUUUGCUGGAUGGGCAGAUAAGAUCCACGGUUCCACGAUUCCAACUGAUGGAGAAUAUUUCACUCUUACCAGACAUGAGCCCAUUGGAGUUUGUGGACAGAUCGUUCCUUGGAACUUCCCCCUGGUGAUGACAGCAUGGAAAUUGGGGCCAGCGCUGAGCUGCGGGAACACUGUUGUCCUGAAACCUGCUGAGCAGACCCCUCUCACCUGCCUCUACAUCGGUGCUCUGAUCAGAGAGGCUGGGUUUCCACCGGGAGUCGUCAAUAUUUUGCCAGGCUACGGGCCAACCGCGGGAGCCGCGAUCGCUUCACACAUGGGCAUAGACAAAGUGGCGUUCACAGGAUCGACUGAGGUAGGCAAGCUGAUCCAAGAAGCAGCAGGAAAGAGCAAUCUGAAGAGAGUCACGCUAGAGCUUGGGGGAAAGAGUCCCAACAUCAUUUUUGCAGAUGCUGAUUUUGAGCUGGCAGUCGAACAGGCCCAUCAGGGUGUUUUCUUCAAUAAUGGUCAAUGCUGCACUGCUGGUUCCCGUAUCUUCGUGGAGGAGACCAUUUAUGAUGAGUUUGUGCGAAGGAGUGUUGAGAGAGCGCGGAGAAGGACAGUGGGAAAUCCCUUUGACCCAACCGCUGAGCAGGGACCUCAGGUGAGUGUAGAGCAGCAGAGACGUGUACUGGAGCUGAUUCAGAGCGGCAUCACUGAGGGAGCUAAACUGGAGUGUGGCGGCAAAGCUCCCCUUUCUAAAGGCUUCUUUGUGGAGCCCACAGUCUUUUCUGAUGUACAGGACCACAUGCGCAUUGCCAAGGAGGAGAUAUUUGGGCCAGUUCAGCAGAUCAUGAAGUUUAAAACUAUCGAAGAAGUGAUUGAGAGAGCCAACAACACAGAGUAUGGUCUGGCAGCAGCCGUCUUCACCACAGACCUCAACAAGGCCAUGACUGUCUCUGCAGCUCUGCAGGCCGGCACUGUCUGGAUCAACUGUUAUAAUGCCCUGAGCUGCCAGUGUCCUUUUGGAGGAUUCAAAAUGUCCGGCAAUGGUCGUGAACUGGGUGAGAUCGGACUGAAAGAGUAUACAGAGGUGAAAACCAUUACAAUGAAGAUGUCAGGGAAGAAAUCCUAAAGUACAAAUAUGUACGUUCCUAACAGCGGGAAGUCUUCCUCUGAGGUUAACCACUAGCCAUUAUCCUUUGGUUGUCUAUAGUGGUAAAACACCACACAGUAACCACCCGUCACUUCUGCAUUGGAGCACCUCUUCUCCUGCAUCUUCGUAGGCUGUUCUCAUGAACUACCCUUCAUCUCCAUCCGGCGUCCACUAGCAGCUCCACAUCCACGCCACAGUUAACUGCCUCCACCCAUUCCAGCUGUGACCUCCUUUCGCCGGCUCCACUAACCAUACUAAAGCACUCGGAGUCCCGGUGAAAGAGGGCUAUGCUUUUGACCACUGCACCAGCGACGUGCAGACACUAACAGACUAUGACCACUCUCUCUGAUUAUCUCCCACGGCAAGUGGCCAAAGGAGCUCUGUUGUGUCUGAGGGGUGCCAUUCUCAAACCUCAUAAUUAACUUGCCUUUCCACUGGGUAGAAAUCUAGUAGGCAUAUUAGUUUUUACUAAGACCACUGAAGCUCUCUAUCUCAGAAAAAAAGAUGUUUUCUUUGAAUGAGUAUUAAUUCUAAAGUUUGUGUAAUUGCUUUAUGUUUUUAUUUUUCAUUUCAUUGUUUGAUUGUUUUUACUAUGUGUAACUUUGUCGAUGUCUUGACCAAUGUAAACAAAAAUGAUUUACCUCAAAAA